AUGUGGCAUCAUCGAGCAGUGUUUGUGCUCGGCAUUUAUAUGCUCGUAACAAUAAACGCGUCGACAAGUAGCAACAGCAACAAUCACUUUAAUGACGGCACUUCCGGCAUCCUUACGGCUCGAAAUGGGAAACUACAGUUGGAGCUGAAUGCGUGGCAGCCAUUCACCCAGCACAACAAUUGGCUUAUCCUGCAGGCAACGGCACCCAGCUCAGUGCAGCCGGAAAGAGAGAGUGCCCCCAGAAUUUUGACACAGCAGCAGCAAGAGCAGCAGCAGCAGCAGCAGCAAGAGCAGCACCAACGACUUCCUGUCAAUUACUACGCCUACAAUCAUCGGUAUAAUCAGAGUGCGAGGAGUGGCAUUUCACCUUCGGCGGGCGGAAAUUACAAACAGGUUCGCGCACAGGCAGCACCAGCGACAACUCUAAGCGAUCCCGCCAGAUAUGUCCUGGCCAUAAGCCAAUCCAUGCGACGCGGGGGUGAACUUCGACAUCAGCUGCCAGCUGCUGCGGAGGAGGAAGCCGAGCCGGAUGUGCGCAAUGCGGCGGCCUCAACUUUAACUAACUCCCACGCCCACGAAGCUGAUGCUGAUGAUGAUGAAGAUGUGAAAGAUACCGAUGCCAUUAAACACAUUGAGAAGCCAACACUUCUGGGAAUCCAAUCCUACUUAGGGCCUUUCCAGCGUGCUCUGGUGACAGUGCGUAAUUUUUGCGACUCUGUGGGUACUCUUCUCAGCGACAUGGCAGAUGAGACAAGUUCAAAUAAAUUGGCGACCACCACAAGAACCAUCACCUCCACAGCCAAAAUAUUGACUUCAAAAGAGGCGGAUACAGCUACAGUCCAAGGCCGUUACAGCCACCAUGUGGCAUUGGACGCCUCAGAGGGCCGCAAGCUGAAAAAGUUGAAAAAGAAAAUCCAAAAGCUGCUGCUGCCACUUCUGAUUGCCUACAAACUGAAGUUCCUCACCCUCAUACCCGUUCUCAUUGGCGGCCUCACGCUACUCGUGGGCACCACGGGCCUGGCCGGCUUCUUCUUUGCUCUCUUUACGGCCGUAAUGAGCCUGAAGACCACAGGUGGCGGUGUCGGCCAUGGCUAUGGCAGCAAAGCAAUAGUCUUAAAGAAAAUCUGA